UCCCCGUCGUAUUCUCUUGAGAGUCGACGGUUUCUGUUAUCACCACGGUAAUUUCGACAAGCCAAACAGGUAAUCCCUUGCAGGAAAUGAAAGUCCGAUAGCCGGCCAAUCCGUUGUGUGCCAAUUCUCGAGGUGACAAAAGUGAAAAGUUCCUAUAUUUUUAUGAUGAGAGUUCAAUGUCAGCUGCUCAUAACCGGUAGGAUAUUAUAGUGCUCUUCAGUUUGCGAGAUGACUCCAACUGCCCGCAAGAACCGCUGACACUGGCGUCGGUGUUGUGUGUUGUUCAACGUCGAAGAGAAUAAAGUGAACGCUAUAAAUGGCCAAGAUUUCAGUGCUACCCCAUCCGAGGUCCAGACCGAGAAAUGUGAGUCGAUGAACGGUGAAAUUCACGAAAAAUGUUAGGAAUUCGCAGGGGAUUUUUCGUUGUCGCCCUCAUCGUAUAUGUGGUCGAGGCAGUCCCAGUAAACAAAACUAUCUCCGAAAGAAUCGCCAAACUGAGGAUAAUUUCCCUGACAUCGAAUACAAGCAAAGAGGCCAGAAAUCGCACAGAUCAAGAGGUAGUUUUUCCCGAAGAUUACGAUGUGCUUUUCGAUCCCAUACCUAGAAUAAACGGCAUACCUAAGUGUUCUAAAGGAGACACCUUCUGCGAGGACUUCGAAGCCUACCCAAGGCAUCACCUCAGGCAGGUCCUGUCCCAGAAAGAGGGCCUUAGAGAGUUCUUCGGCAAGGAUGAAGAAGCCCCUUUCAUAGUCAACCGACACGGUGGAUUAGAGGAAUCAGUGAAUUAUUUGUGUCCUUCCGUGGAGAGAACAGUUUUCCCGAAAGUCGGCAAAAAUAAGAAUAAUAAGUGGAAGUAUAUCAUCAACCAGGCUGAAGAUGGUUAUAUACAGGGGGUGCGCGUGGAGACCUGCAGAAGGAGAAACGCCCCGUGUGACAUCAUAAGUGACCUACCCUUAGGCUAUAUAACAAGCUGCAAACAAAAAUACAUUUAUAGGAGGCUUUUAUCUGUGAGCGACCUUGGAGCACCAACUCCAGAUACUUUCCAACUGCCAUCAGCCUGUUGCUGCUCCUAUAAAAGAGAUAUGGACUUUCUAGCUCGUCAUGGUAGUCAGAAAUUGAAGGCUGUGACAUCAACGAAAACUUUCAAACUUUCCUAGCGUCAGAUGUAGUUUUUUAGAUUAAUAAAUAGUUUUUAUAGAUGGUUUUUA